CAAGUCUUUCUAUAAACACUCAACUCCAUUUGCAUACUCUACUACUGACUCUAGUAGCAUUUGCUUUUGUAUAUAUAUUAGGGUUCCAGAACAGCAGGAAAAAAAACAUAAAUCCCUUCACUCCAUUUUCCCGGAAAAAUCUUUCCAUUCUAGGGUUUCUGACACCCAUUUUCCCUACUCCCAAACGAGAGAUCCUCCCCCAUCUGCCCUCUCUCGAUCUCCACCUCAAAGAUCUGGAAAACCCAGAACCGAUUUGGUUUGACUUUCCUCUUUUGGAGGUAUUGCAAGAGAAAAUGGUGAGAGGGAAAACCCAGAUGAGAAGGAUAGAGAACACAUCAAGCAGGCAAGUGACUUUCUCGAAGCGAAGGAGUGGGCUGCUGAAGAAGGCCUUCGAGUUAUCGGUUUUGUGUGAUGCUGAAGUUGGACUCAUAAUCUUUUCCACCACUGGGAAGCUGUAUGAGUUCUCUAGCUCCAGUAUGAACAAGACAAUAGGACGGUAUAUGAGAAAUGCCAAGGAACUAGGAAAUGGAAAACCAGCAAUCCAAGACAACUUGAAGGAUUUGAAGGAAGCAGCUGUUUCCAUGUCAAAGAAGAUUGAAUUUCUUGAAGUCUCUAAACGAAAGCUGUUGGGAGACUGUGUGGAAUCUUGCUCCGUGGAGGAGCUACACCAAAUAGAAGAACAGUUGGAGACCAGUUUAAGCAACAUUAGGGCAAGAAAGAAUCUGGUAUUCAAGGAGAAAAUCCAGCAUCUGAAGGAAGAGGAGAGAAUCCUAGCGGAAGAAAAUGCGAAAUUACGGGACAAGGUUGAGAACCAAUUGCCUCGGCGCCCGUCGAUUACACUGCAACUGGGUCAGAGAGAAAUUCCAGAAGUGGAUACAGGAUUGUUCAUAGGACCGCCCGGCGAAAUAGCGGUUAAUUAGGUGUUAUAUACAGACAUGGCUUCCAGAACAAGUUGCGAAGCUGAGUUUCUAUUGAAAUUGACAGGCAAUAAGGUUGGAUGGUCGGACGUCAUAGAAAUACAUGAUUUGUUUGUUUGAGUCGUCGUACUCCCUCCUCCCUGUUUCACGACUCCCUCCACCGCAACGCUCAAUCACAUCGUCUGCCUCAGCAAUCAAUGAUCCGGAUUUUAAAAAGACUCUUCAUGGGAAGACUUCUUUUAAAAUCCGAUCGUCCGAAAUACUUUCGGACAGUGAAAUUGAGAGCGGUGGGACAGCAGUGAGGUGGGGUAGACUUUCUCUUUGUUUGUUUAAACUUGUGUGAAGAUAAGACUAUACCACACGGAAUUGUUUUAUAACUAAUUAAAUCCAACUGCAAUAAUUCGUGGUGUUAAAUAAGUAUUCAUUUUUCUGUUA